AUGCAAUUUUCACUUGUAGCAAUAGCAUUAUUGGUUUAUGUGGCUAAUAGUUUGGAACAAAUUUAUGCAGAAGGCAACCAUAAUUUUCAGAAAACUUCAAAGAAUAUUAAAAAAGAUACGUUUAAAACAAUAACUUUGAGUUACUUUCAAUUUCAUGGAGUGCGCAGUUUGAACUUGAUUGUAUGUCCAACUAAUAACACAGCUUGGAAAAUUCCUGCAAUGGUGUCAUUUUUUAUGGAACACAACCUGCCAGUACGCGUUUGGUCGGGUCAUGAUUAUUUGCCAGAAAUGCCUAAACGAGGCUUAUUUGGUCCACCCAUUACUUUUCGUGAUGAUAGAAACGAUUCUUUUCGACGUCCUUUAAAACUUAAACUUGAACCUUUAGCCCAUAAAACAGGCAUAAUUUUAAAUGAUUUCAAUACAGGCUGUGCUUUAAACGUUUUAAGAUGGUCAGCGGCCUCCGAAAAUAAUUAUUUUAAAACCAAUAACUUUUGGCUGCUUAUAACAAAAGAUAUUACAGAUUUAAAGUCUUUGGAAGAUGAGGAUAUUUUUCUGCCACCCGACAGUGAAGUUAAAGUUUUAGUUCAACAUGUAAAUCUAGCAUUUUCGCUAUUUGAUGUUUAUAAAGUAGCUGCCUUUAAACCGCUAAAACAUAAUUUUGUAGCUCAUAAUUUUUCUGAUGUAGAGGAAAUGUGUAAAGCUCUAAGGAAAUUUGGUUCGGUAAUUUCCCGGCGUGAGGAUUUGGAGGGUAUUACUUUUAAUACCGGUUUGGUAAUCAACUUUCCCGAUAUGUUUACUGAUAUAGAGGAUUUAUCUUUGAGACAUAUUGACACCAUGGCAAAGGUUACCAAUCGCUUAGUGGUGGAUAUGGCCAGAAAAUUGAAUCUGAAAUUCAAUACUUAUCAAACCGACAACUAUGGCUGGCGUAAAGCCAACGGCUCUUUCAGUGGUUUAAUGGGUCGUUUUCAACGCUACGAAUUGGAUUUUGGUCAAAUGGCCUUUUUUAUGCGUUUAGAUCGCACUGCUGUUUGUAAUUUCCUAGUCGAAACUUUUCGCAUAAGAGCUGGCAUAAUGUUUAGACAGCCUCCUUUGUCUUCGGUGGCCAAUAUUUUCACCAUGCCCUUUGAAAUGGAUGUGUGGAUUUGUUUAAUCAUUUUGAUUGUGGUUACUUUCUGUGUAUUUGCUUUGGAAUUGGCUUUAUCGCCGCACACUCACGAAAUGCACUACUGGGAUUGUGCCAUCUUUGUGUGGGGAGCCAUGUGCCAGCAGGGAUUCUAUGGCUCCGUGUCCAAUCUUUCGGCUCGUAUUAUAAUUUUCACCACCUUCGUAGCCACGUUAUUUUUAUUUAUAUCAUUUUCGGCCAAUAUAGUGGCUCUAUUGCAAAGUCCUUCGGAAGCUAUACGUUCAUUAAGUGAUCUGAGUCAUUCUUCAUUGGAACUGGGGGUAAUGGAUACGGUUUACAAUAGAGUGUUUCUAAAUGAAUCCACUGAUCCCGUAACUAAAUAUUUGUACCUCAAGAAAAUCUUGCCCAAAGGUGAGAGUAUUUACAUCAGCCCUGCUGCUGGGAUUAACAAAAUGCGCUAUGAAACCUUUGCCUUUCAAGUAGAACUACAAACGGGCUAUCAAAUUAUUAGCGAUACUUUUAGUGAACCCGAAAAAUGUGGCCUUAAGGAAAUGGAGCCAUAUAAAUUGCCCAUGAUAGCAGUGCCCACCCGUAAAAACUUUCCCUACAAGGAGUUAUUUAGAAGACAACUGAGAUGGCAACGCGAAGUGGGUCUUAUGAAUCGUGAGGAACGUAAAUGGUUCACCCAAAAACCCAAAUGUGAAGGCAUGGGUCGUUUUGUUUCGAUUGGUUUAAAGGAAUGUCGUUAUGCUUGGGCGGUAUUAGGUUGGGGUUUCCUAUUUGCUUUGACCGCUUUGGGCUGUGAAUUGCUGUUAAUAAAGUAUUUGAAAUACAUUGGAGGAGUUGCCAAGUGCCCCUCCAAGGCAGGUUCCGGAACCCUGAAGUCUCUAGCUUAUCUGGCUAAGAUGGAGAAGAGAGAUCUGGCUUCUUUAAAUUCGAAAGAAUUUACGGUGGGUUGGUCUUCUUCUGGGGAGUGUCAUACAGAUGCUGAUGUCGACCAGGCAAUCAUCCGUAAGGGUGUAGAGUCGGCGACUUCAUCAGCAUGUCUCUUAGCUGAAAUUGAGGACGGUUUAGCUCUAACUUCUGAACCGCUAUGGGCUUCGGUAAGUGCUGUGGAUGAUAGUUGGUCAUUACCGUCAUCUUCACAGGUACUCCAUAAAGGCGACCUUAAAAGAAAUAAAGCUGGCAGUGUUCAGCAUUCCUCGACAAAGGUACUGAAGAUCCCUGCAUCGCUGAACACUGGUGGUUCAACUCCUGCUAGCGCUCUUAAAGGCACCCAAAAGGAGUCUAUUAAGAGAGCUAGAUCUGGGGAUGAUCAGCCGUCCUUAUCAACUAAGAAGGUGAAGAAAUCUUUGAGCCAGGAUAUUAAAGAAUGUGGUAAAGUAGAGGCAGCAAAUGAUAAAGACAUCAUUUUGGCAUAUUUUCAUUAUCAUGGCGUAAACAGCUUAAACCUAAUUAUAUGUCCCUCUAAUGAAACCUCAGCUUUUAAGCUUUCCUCCCUAGCCUGGUACUAUUUGAAAAACAAUAUGCCUUUACAUAUUUGGUCGGGAGAGGAUUAUUUAGCUGAAAUGCCUGAGCCAGCCUUAUAUGGUCCUGCCAAUACAUUUGUAAUGAACAACAAUGAUUCUUUUCGACGUCCUUUAAAAUUAAAACUUGAACCUUUAGCUCACAAAACAGGCGUCAUAUUAUUUGACUUCAAUACAAUGUGUGGUUUAAAUGUUCUGAGAUGGUCGGCUGCCGCCGAGCACAAUUAUUUUACCAACAAUAGAUAUUGGCUAUUAACCACAAAACAUAACUCCGAUGUAAAUGCUCUAGAGGACAAGGAAAUAUUUCUACCCCCAGACAGUGAAGUAAAAGUUUUAGUUCAGAAUGAGAUGAUGGCUAACUUUAACUUACUGGAUGUUUAUAAAGUAGCAGCUUUCAAGCCUGUUAAACAUAAUUUUGUGGCAGAGAAUUUCCAGGAAACAAAAGAAAUGAUUACCUCAUUGCAAUUGUAUGGUUCGGUUAUAUCCUUGCGUGAGAAUUUGGAGAAUAUAACUUUUGACACGGGUCUGGUGAUAGCCUUUCCCGAUAUGUUUACAAAUAUAGAGGAUUUGAGUUUAAGACAUAUUGAUACCAUCUCCAAAGUAAAUAAUCGUUUGACCAUAGAACUGGCCAAUAAAUUAAAUAUGCAUUUUAAUACUCACCAGACUGACAACUAUGGCUGGCAUCAACCGAAUGGCUCUUUUGAUGGUUUGAUGGGUCGUUUUCAACGUUUUGAAUUGGAUUUUGGGCAAAUGGCCAUUUUUAUGCGUUUGGAUCGUAUUGCUUUAUGUGAUUUUGUUGCGGAAACUUUUCGCAUAAGAGCUGGCAUAAUGUUUAGACAGCCUCCUUUGUCGGCAGUGGCCAAUAUAUUUGCCAUGCCUUUUGAAAAUGAUGUUUGGAUUUCUUUGGUCGUUUUGGUUAUAGUCACCUUUUGUGUAUUUGCUUUGGAAUUGUUAUUUUCUCCUCAUAAUCACGAAAUGGAUUAUUGGGAUUGUGCUGUGUUUGUUUGGGGUGCCAUGUGCCAGCAGGGUUUUUAUGUUUCAGUGGCAAAUCGUUCGGCUCGUAUUAUAAUUUUCACCACCUUCGUGGCCACCUUAUUUCUGUUUACAUCAUUUUCUGCCAAUAUUGUAGCUCUAUUGCAAAGUCCUUCGGAAGCCAUACACACACUAAAAGAUUUGAGUCAGUCUCCUUUGGAAAUUGGCGUACAGGAUACUGUCUACAAUAAGAUAUAUUUCAAUGAAUCUACCGAUCCUGUUACUAAUUAUUUGUACCACAAGAAAAUUGCUCCCAAGGGAGACAGUAUUUAUAUGCGACCCUUGGUGGGCAUGGAGAAAAUGCGUUCUGGCAUGUUUGCCUAUCAAGUGGAAUUGCAGGCUGGCUAUCAAAUAAUCAGCGAUACUUUUAGCGAGCCAGAAAAAUGUGGUCUCAAGGCUUUGGAGCCCUUUCAGCUGCCCAUGAUAGCCAUACCGACGCGCAAGAAUUUUCCCUAUAAGGAACUAUUUAGGAGACAAUUAAGAUGGCAACGUGAGGUGGGUCUUAUGAAUCGUGAGGAGCGCAAAUGGUUUCCUCAAAAACCCAAAUGUGAGGGUGGUGUGGGCGGUUUUGUUUCCAUUGGCCUAACAGAGUGUCGUUAUGCCUUGGCCAUAUUUGGUUUGGGUUCUCUAUUUGCCGGCUCCGUGUUAUGUGCCGAAUUGUUGCUGAAAAACUCCUUUAAAUUGUGGAGGUUUAUGAAUAAAUUCAAAUGA